AUGCCAUCUGUCACCGACAAGGAUGUUCAGGAUGCGAAAAAGUUCUUGGAGGACAAGGAAGUGAAGCAUCGACAGAGUUCAAAUUUGAUGUACUGGCUGGCAUCGGAAGGGAAAAGAGCUGGAUACGACGCGUUGACGCCAGCUGCUCGCAAGGUCUUCUUCGUCAGCUGGGUUGCCAAAUCAAUGAAGGAGGGCAACUCGGUCAAUCGCGCGUGGAGGAAGGUCAACCAUAAGAAGGAGGAUGUUGACAAGAGCAAGUGGAUGGCGAAGCACGGCGUGAUCCAGCUGUUUGGCGAGCAUAAGGCGCUCGCGAAGAUCAAACUAUUGGGCGACAAGGCCGAUCGCCACAGGCCUGAUCGAGACACGGGGCUGGACGACGAGUGGAGUCGAGAAUGCAAGAUCUACGAGGACGAGGAGAUCAACACCAACACCGACGACGCUGGGAAAACGAUGGAGUCCGAGAAGGAGAUUACGUCAGAGAAGGAGAAGGCUGAGUUCGCGGAGGACUUGGCGGCAGCUGGCAUCCUCGAGACCGCGCCUAGCAGCUCUGGCAGUGCAGGCGCUGAGAAGCUCAAGGACGUGAAGAUCAAGGUCGAGGGGCAGAAGCCAGAUGAGGACAUGAAGACCUUCAAUUCGAUCAAGGACAAGCCCAAGGCGGUCCUACGAUCCCUCUCCGAAUCGCUCACAGAGGCAAAGCGCAUCUUCGAGGUGGCAUCUGAUAAAUCGAAGUCGAAGUACCUGGGUCCGCUGAAGACAGACGUUGAGAAGCUGAUUCCCAGGUUCAAGUCUACAUUCAACAGCGUCGAGAAAAUCCAUCUCAAGAGCUCGUCCGAGGACGCCGACCCCGUCCCAGAUCCAGAGAUCCUGGCCGUUGCCAGGAAGCUGGGCGCCAUCUACUCAGAGUUCAACGUAGUCGUCGAGUGGUUCUCGAGGAUGGCCCCCACGCCCAAGAGGGCGAAGAAGGAGUGA